CAACACUACUCUUAGCUACUGCAGAGUUGCUAAGACAGCCCUGAUAUUUGAAGACGUUUAUGUGCCUGUUCUGAAGACAGAAACUGCAUUUUCCUUUUCCAGCUAAGGAGUCGAUAAUUUAGGAACCGCUGCAAGGCUAAAACAAAAGGACAACCUUUUAAAACAAGGAAAUGCUGCUGCAGAGGGUGAACAUGGAACCACAGGAGGAAGCUGCUGAAGAGAGCCUGUCAUUCAGAGUCAAUGUGGAGCUGCGGUAUUGGCUGGGGGAGCACAGCCAGGCAAGGCUCAGACAGCUUGGGGCCCUCUGUGUGGACGAGGUCACCAUCAAAGACCAAUACUACGACAAUGAGUCAUUCACGCUGGCGGCCAAUCAGGUGUGGCUCAGUAAACGAAACAGGCACUGGCACCUGAUCCUGGGCCAGAGGGCACACUUCAACCAAGCCUACGGACAAGCGCAGCGGGAAUCUCAAGCAAGCCCACCAGAAAGUGCCGGCAAUCUAAAAACCAACGGGGCAGGCGGAAAGGCCGACCAGGAGAUUAAAGGAGACAUCUCGUCGAAAACCCGAGAGGGACAGCAAAAAGUUUCUUCUUCUGAUCACCUGAUCAGCAGUUCAGUGACUUCUUCUGCUCCUGGUCUGGACACAGACCUCAGUUACUGCGAGCUCACUACAGACAGAGAGAUCAUUGAGCGCUUGGCCCAGUGCCUGCAGAUUGCUUUGACGGCCGAGGAUAGAAGAAACAUGACAACGGAAGCCUUUCUGAAGCUGGCAGGCAUCCACCACUACGGCAGCUGGAACGUUACCAAGAAGAUAACUUACAAGCUGGGGGAUACCUGCGACGUGGUUAUAGAGAGAGACGAGUCGUCCCCUCCCAGGCAAGCGGCUGUGCUGACGAUGGAGGCUGACGUGCUGAACAUCGUCAGCGAGCUGGAAAAGAUGGAGAGGAUCGCGACGGAACUGGAGCUUGAACCAGCUUCUUCAGCCAAGUGAUGCAUUUCACAUGUCCCUUUUUUUUAUUACCAAAAGGAUUGUUUUUAAGUCUUGUAAGAUGCUGAACAAUGAUCACUUCAUUAACUCUCAAAAAAAAUAAAAUAAUAAUAAUGAUUUUCUCUAGAAGGAAAACCAUGUAUUUUCUUUUAAAUUAUAGUGAAAAACACUAUCUGGCCAUUAAACAGUAAAACUCCCUUUGGAAUAAAAGGUAAAAACUAACACCUUAAAAAGAGGA